AAACCUAUCAUCAUUCGUAGUUCUCAUUCAGUUUCACAGUUUCACUUCUACUCUACUAUGUCUUCCUUAUCCUUCCUUCACUCGCUACCUAUCUCUCUCUCCAUUCGUGCUUCUUCAUCUUCUUCAUCAUCAUCAUCCAAAGAUACCUCUUUGAGACAAGAUUGGAGGAAAAGGUCCAAACCUAUUCCACCAGGUGGCACCUACCCAGCAAAAGAUCAUUGCAGUCGUUGUGGGUUGUGUGACACAUAUUAUAUUGCCCAUGUCAAGAAUGCAUGUGCUUUCUUGGGAGAUGGAAUGUCUAGGAUUGAAAGAUUGGAACCUGUUGUCCACGGUAGAGGCAGGAAAACUGAUACAUUGGAUGAGACUUACUUAGGGGUAUAUGAGGAACUGUUAUAUGCUCGGAAACUUCACCCUGUGGAAGGGGCUCAAUGGACUGGGAUAGUAACAACCAUCGCAAUAGAAAUGUUAAAAUCAGGCAUGGUAGAAGCUGUUGUUUGUGUACAAAGUGAUCCUGAUGAUAGGUUUGCUCCAAGACCUGUUCUAGCAAGGACGCCAGAUGAAGUGUUGGCUGCUAAAGGUGUCAAGCCAACAUUGUCACCUAACCUCAAUACUCUUGCUCUUGUUGAGGCCGCAGGCGUCAAGCGUCUUCUUUUCUGUGGUGUAGGUUGCCAGGUGCAAGCAUUAAGAUCUGUUGAGCAUCACUUGAAUUUGGAGAGGCUCUAUGUUUUAGGCACAAAUUGUGUGGACAAUGGAACCAGGGAAGGACUGGAUAAGUUUCUAAAAGCUGCAAGCCAAUCACCAGAAACAGUUCUCCAUUAUGAAUUUAUGCAAGAUUACAAGGUUCACUUGAAGCAUUUGGAUGGUCAUAUAGAAGAGGUUCCAUAUUUCUGUCUACCAGCGAACGAGUUGGUCGAUGUUAUUGCCCCGUCUUGCUACAGCUGUUUCGACUAUACAAAUGCUUUAGCAGACUUGGUGGUUGGGUAUAUGGGUGUGCCUAAAUAUUCUGGAAUCAGCAUGAUGCAACAUCCACAGUAUAUUACAGUCAGGAAUGAACGCGGAAGAGAGAUGUUGAGUCUUGUAGAGAACUUACUGGAGAUCAGUCCGACAAUUAGUGCUGGAGAUAGGCGACCUUUUGUCAUGGAGACUGUUAAGGCUGAUGAUAAAGCUAAGUUAGGAAGAGGUCCUUCUCAGCCUGCCCCAAAAUUUAUCGGAAACUUGCUGGCUUUUAUACUAAACUUGAUUGGUCCAAAGGGUCUCGAGUUUGCACGUUAUUCACUUGAUUAUCACACCAUUCGCAACUUUUUACAUGUAAAUCGUAUGUGGGGAAAGGAAAGGGCUGAUAGGCACAUGCCUACAUAUGCUAAGAAAAUUGUGGAUCUGUACAACCAAAAUGGUCAAAUUGAGAAGAUGCUUUCUGAGAAGUAAUUCUAACAGAAAAUAAGCUUUCCAAUCAGUAGCACAAGUGACUUGAAACUAUGCAUUGAGUCAUAUUGCACUCAAGUCAUUACAAAUGAUCAUAUGAAGCCAUAACUUGGCCUCUAUUUGGAUGAAGGACAGACAUACAAGUCCAUUGGAUACCAUGAUUCAAAGAGAAGACUUGAUUAGCAGGUUUGACACCUGAUUAGUUUAAAAGUAUCUUUAAGAUACAGUAUUCAGUAAAUAUGAAGAUUUAAGUUCGAACUUGUUAAAAGUUAUUAUCAUUUUUAGCCUUGUAAAACUGCUUUGUGAGUUGUAACAGGUAAACUGUAUGAACAAUUUUUUAUAUUUUUGUUUCUUUUGUGGCAUCAUAUUAAACCACAUAUUUGAACAUUAUUUGCCAGCAUAUUUGGCUACCAAUCAUAUCAGUU